AGCUGUCUGUCCGUCUCUCUCUCUCUCCCCCCCUUGCUUCGUAGCCAAAGCAUAUGUGCCCUACCAGAAGGACGAUAUAGCUCCAUUUCACGCCACCGCAGGCCCAAUCGAGGACGAAGGUGCCGAGAUCUUUCUCCCUACCGUUUUGGAUACCGCGUUAGUCGGUUUGCUCGAUCGCGAUUCCGAGUCCGCCGCAAUCGAUCAUGCCGCCGCCGCCGGCGAUGGGCCUCCGCUCCCCGGCCGCCUCCGCCCCGCGGAACCCUAAGCCCGAGUUCCCGCCGUUCGCCUCGCGGCCGCCGCCCGGCCCAGCGGUGACGGACGGUUCCGUGGGUUCCGGAGGCGCCGCCGCUGCGGCCGCGUGCGGAGUCGGCGAGGGGUUCGAGCCCGACGCGGGAUCGGCGCGGACGAGGCGGCCGAGGCCGAGGCUGGUCAAGGUGAGGAGGCGCUCGGAGGCAAGGGCGGCCCCCGUGUCGGGCGAUGAGGUUGGUUCUGUUCCUAUUCCGUUUCGUGGGGAGUCUGAUGUCAAGAGCCGAGUGGAGUACGGUGGUGUUGUUAAUCCAUGUUCGGAGAAUACUAGGUUAAGCAAUGGUGAAAAUGCAACUGGGCCGGAGGUUAAGUGCUCCUUUGGGGAUGUCGGUUUUGUAUUUGGUGCUCCUCGGAGAAGUUUCCCGCUCAAUAUGGACAUUUCAGCGAGUGGCACCACUGCAUUUGUAGGUGAACCGGCUUCAUUUGAUAAUGACGCAAAGGGCUGUAGGAAGUUUGAGAGCGUGGGCUUUGUGUUUGGUGCCAAGCAGAGAGAUUCGGAAUUGAACUCGGGAUUGGAAACUGGAAAUUCUGGCAGAGAUGCUCAAAAGUCGGUUUCCGGAAAUGAAGCAGAAGCGAGAGCAGAUUCUGAUGAUUUCAGUCAUGUUUGCAAUAGCAAUAAGACUGCUUCAGAGCAAAAUUUGAGUAUAGGGAAGGGCGGAUGUGGUGGAACUGGUCCAUUUUCUUGCGUUGAGGAGAAUGGCAAGGCCAAGCUGGAGACCAAAGUGCAUGCUGAAAAUGCAGGCUCUUCUUCCGUUUUUUAUAAUGUAUAUGGCCUUGAAUCAGCUACUGAAAGGGAACAAUCCUCUGACAAUGUAAAAGAAGCUGGUUGUAAUGAUGGAAAAGCCUCCAGGAGUAAUGAUAAUGCACUUUUUGUAUUUGGUGCUGAUCGUGGCCAGUCAACAUCAGUACCAAAGUCGGAGAAGGUAAACACCAGGAAAGAGCGCGAGCUUAAGGAGAAUGGGGAGGCAGGCUUUGUUUUUGGCUCCACAGGGUUUGGUUUUGGAUCAAACCUGAACACCAAAACAAAAGAAUUCAGGGAAAAUCGUGAAAAUCCAGAACUCAACGAUGAUGGUGAUUCUAAAUUAGUGACUCAAGUGGAGCCCCAGUGGCUGGAACCUACUGAAGCUCUAUGCAAUGAGGGUCACGGUGAUGGCCUCUUUGUAUUUAAAGGUAAUACCGAAAAUAUUUCUAUUCAAUGUAAAAGACGGGAAAAGAGUAGCAAUGCAGAGAUGAGAAUGAAAGGUGACAGUUUAGGAAAGAGGAGCAGUGAUCCAGAUGAACAAAUCAUCAACUUGGGCUCCAAUAACAUGGAGAAUAACAAAUCGGUAUCUGCUGGUGCUGGUGCUGCUGGUAGCAGUUGUACAUUAGAUCUUCUGGGAAGUAUGCAGAAUUUAAGCAUUGAGGAUAGACGAGAUAUUCGUGGUGCUAACAAUGGGAAUAACAGCACUGACUCUGAAGGUACAUUUAUUUUUGGAAGUGGUCCAUGUGUUUCCAACUCUUUCCAUGGCAAUUUGGCAACUCCCGUGGGUCAGACCAAAAAUCCAAAUUUUGAUUCUGAUCCUGCAGAGAGUGGGAGUAGUUUCACCAAGGUUGAAGAGGAUCAAUUCAUACUUAAAAAUAAUAUAAAUUUUGCUAGUGAGUCUACUGGAAUAUCUAGCCACAAGCCAUUUAUAUUUCAAGCUGGUGUUAGUGAGAGUUCUCACAUGGCUCAGAGCUCUUCUAAUCCAGUGAAUGAUAAUACCCUUGCAGAGAAUUUAGACAAUAAAGAAAAGUUUAGCUCCAUGAGCACUUUGGAUGGUUCAGGGGCAUCUAAUGGAGAUUUUAGGGUUCCUGAGUGGGAUCCUUCAUGCUUCAAAGCAAAUUUGUGUCAAGAUUUGAAAAUUGAAUUCAAUCAAAAGAGUAGACAAACCAAGUAUAAAAAGUAUAAGAAGAAUGCAAAGUCAAGGCAACCUUCUAAAGGAACGCUAACUACUGAAGAGAAUCAUGUGCUGGCUGAAAGCGAUUACCAUGAAAUGGCGCAAGCUUCUGAUUGCUAUUCCCCCAUGGAUUUUUCUCCUUAUCAAGAAGCUGCAGCAAACAAUCAGUGUUCCGGUCAGAGUUCUUCGGUGACAUUGGAAGAGUCCAUUGCUGUCAGUAAUGAAAAUGUAACCUUGGCAUCAAGCUCAAUGAUUCCUACUACAGAUGGACAUAUGGGUAGUACAAUGGAAAGACUGGUCAGUGAUGAAGGUAAUUCGAAGUUUGGCGAGACUGUUUUGGGUGCUGAAGCUGCUCACUUCAAGUCCAGCAGUGAUCAGCCCUGUAGCACCUUUGGGGCUGCCGUUGCUUCAGCAGAAGAUGGAAGUGUUUUCUCAAAAGCUGAGAAUCAUGCUACUGACUAUAUGAAGCAGUCUGCAUUUGCUUUUAAUCUGGAUGAAGUAGAUCGUAAAACUUUUGCCUUCUCUGCAUCAUCCUCUGCUCAGACUGGUUUACUGGACAGAAAGCGAUUGCGUAAAAAGAAAAUUAAAGUAAAAAGUGAGAAUAGUACUUUUGUUAUUUCUCCAUGUCCAGGUGCCAGGGAUGGAUCCUUCUCAAUGCAGCUUCCAAACUCUUCUGGUACUUCUUUCCCUUCAGACACGAAGCAAGGGCAGGAAGGACAUAGAUUGUUUCAAGAGAAAGAGCAGAACAUAUUGAAUUCAAACGGAAAUGUCAUAAAUGGUGAGACCAAUUUAUCCUCAUCUGCUAUGAUCCAAGAAGCCUGUGAAAAGUGGCGACUCAGGGGAAAUCAAGCUUAUAAAAAUGGGAGAUUUUCUAGAGCAGAAGAGUAUUACACAAAAGGUGUAAACUCCGUUCCUUCUGGUGAAGCAUCAGGAUGCUUCCUUAAGCCUCUUUUAUUGUGCUACAGCAACCGUGCAGCAACUCGGAUGUCUCUUGGAAGAAUUAGCGAAGCCAUUGGAGAUUGCAUUGCUGCUGCUGCAAUAGAUCCUAACUUCCUCAAAGUUCAAAUAAGGGCUGCAAACUGUCAUCUAAUUUUAGGGGAAGUAGAAAAUGCCUUGAACUAUUUUAAUAAGUGCUUGGCAACUGGGGUUGACAUAUGUUUGGAUCGAAGGCUCGUGAUAGAAGCUGCAGAUGGCCUACAAAAGGCGCAGAAAGUGGCUGAAUGUAUAAGUCUUUCUACUAAACUUUUGGAAGAGAAGACAUCUGAUGCAGCAACGAGAGCUCUAGAAAUGCUUUCAGAGGCGAUAUCAAUCAGUAAAUUCUCAGAGAAACUGCUGGAAAUGAAAGCAGAAGCAUUGCAUAUGCUUCGGAAGUAUGAUGAUGUCGUGAAGUUGUGUGAGCAGUCUCUGAAGUUUGCUGAUAAGAACUUUGGUGCAUUAGGUGUGAACCGUUUGUCAGAUAUGGUUGAUUCCAACUGUGGAGGAAACUCAGCUGUUAGGCUUUGGAGGUUUUUCAUGAUGGCUAAGUCUUACUUUUGCAUGGGAAGGCUUGAGGAGGCUCUUGAGUUACUUGAGAAGAUUGAGCAAACUGAAUGUCAUGGUGACAGGUGCCUGGAUAAGAUUCUGCAAUCAUCAGCUUCAGUAUCUUCCACAAUUUGUAGGCUGCUAAAGUGCAAGAGUGCAGGAAAUGAAGCCUUUCGAUCGAGAAGGUAUGCAGAAGCAAUAGAGCAUUACUCUAUUGCUCUGUCAAGCAAUGUUGAAUCACGACCUUUUGCAGCAAUCUGCUUUUGCAAUCGAGCUGCUGCACAUCAAGCUAUGGGCCAAAUUGUUGAUGCCAUUGCAGAUUGCAGUCUAGCCAUAGCUCUUGAUGGAAAUUAUGCAAAGGCAGUUUCUAGAAGAGCAACCUUACAUGAAUUGAUCAGAGACUAUGGACAAGCAGCAAGCGAUGUCCAGAGGUUUAUAUCCAUUCUUGAAAAUCAAUCUUAUCAAAGGACUAAAGCCUCUGGCGCAUCAGGGGAGCUUGGUAGCAGAAAUAAUGAACUGAGGAAAGCUAAGAAACAUUGGUCCUUGAUAGAAGAGGAAGCUAAGAAAGAAGCACCCUUGGAUGUUUACCUCAUCUUGGGAGUUAAACAAUCUGAAACAGCAGCUGAUAUCAAGAAAGCAUAUCAUAAAGCAGCCCUAAGGCAUCAUCCAGACAAGGCUGGUCAGUUUUUUGCAAGAAGUGAGAGUGGCAAUGAGGGGCAGCUCUGGAAAGAAAUUGCAACAGAGGUUCAUGAGAGUGCAGAUCGUCUUUUCAAAAUAAUUGGAGAAGCAUAUGCAGUACUAUCAGACCCCCCAAAGCGAGCACAAUAUGAUCUGGAAGAGGAUAUAAGAAAAGCCCCCAAAGAAAGCAGUGGAUACAGCAAUUACUGGAGCCCCUCACAUUUCCAAAGCUCUCCCUUUGAGAGAGGCUCCAGCAGGCGGAAUUGGCAGGAGAAUUGGUACACCCAUGGUUAUUCACGCUCUCGAUGGUGAGAAGCAUUUAUAGUUACUUUGGAACCUGGAUGGGAUAUACUUGAAAGCAGUCGACGAGAGCAAUCACACUCAAAGUUCCACCAAAGGUUGUUGGAGAAAUGAUGGAGGUGGUCGGGUCUAGAAACUAUUGAGCUAUGACUAAGACGAUCAUAGCAGAGAUGGAACUCGCUGGUUUAAGAUUUGCCCAUUUCCUCUGCGGACGCUGGAGAUGGCCACCGUAAGGUACACGGUGCACCUGUGAAGACCCGAAUUAUGUACCUGUCCAAUCUUGGUUCUUUUCCUUCUAUAAUAUCAUAAAAUCAUUGCAGGAAACGAAGUAAUCUGCAGUUGUCUUAUUUGCUUGGAUGGCCAAGCUAAUGCAGGGUCUGGUAAUUUUUUGGCUUCCAGCCUGCAUCAUCUUCUUGCCUUGUAGUUUAGGAGUCCUGUUUCGGGGGCAUCUAUUGAUUACUUGUACGCAUCAUGACCUUCGUGAUAUCUUAUUUAUAAUCGAA